AUGGAUGAGAAAAGUGAAGGAUUGAUGGAUUGGGUAAAAAAACAUAUGGAAAUCCUUCAUUCCGAUGAAAAAGUGAUAAAUGCUUUUAAGCAUUUAGAAAAAAAUAUUAGGUCUAAAUCAAAAGAUCCUCAUUUGUAUCCAGAACUUAAUUGGGAUGCGACUGUUAGGAAAUCUAACGACCUUUGCGAAGAUGAAAAGAAAUUUGUCCAUGAUAGAAAACUUUACAUAUGUGAAGCUUUCGCAAGAUAUGUUGGUGUUGAAGUCGAUGAGAUCCAUCCUGAUGACAUUCCUAUAAUUGCAUUGACAGGUAGCGGUGGUGGAAUUAGAUCUAUGAUUUGUGCUACCUCAUAUUUUUAUGCUGCCCAAGAAAGUGGACUUUAUGAUUGUGGCAUAUAUGUUUCAGGUGUUAGUGGAAGUGGAUGGGGUGUCGCUCAACUAUAUACUUCAAUGAGUAAUGCAAAUAAAAAUCCAAUUCAAGCACAAAUUGAAUCUUAUCGAACAAAACUUGACCAUAACAUUAUUGAUGCUGUGAAAAUUUUUAAGGCACUUGCUGAUAAUUCUUCUCCACAAGAAGCUGUUGAAUUGGCUUUUGGAGGUUUGGUUCAGAAAAAAGACUCUGGAAUUCAUUUAUCACUUGUAGAUAUCUAUGGAGCAUUAUUAGGCGCAAUGUUGUUAAUAGGUCCUGAUUCCACUAUUCAGUCCUUAGACUUUAAAUUGAGUUCACAAAAGAAAUACGUUGAAGGUGGAAAAAAACCCUUACCAGUAUAUGCAGCUAUUUACGAUAAUCGUCCAUGGAAAGAUUACCUUGAGCCAGAAUAUGCAGCUUUAAUCCCAGACUAUGACCAAGUCUUAGAAAGACACAAAAUGAAAAAAGGAUAUUUUCAGUGGUACGAAUUCACACCUUUUGAAUUUGGCUGUGAGGAAUUUCCUUCCUAUAUCCCCACAUGGGCAUUUGGACGAAAAUUUGAAUCCGGAAAAAAUGUUUCAAGAAUACCUGAACAAAACUUUGGACUUAUACUUGGUUUACUAGGAUCAUCACCAGCUGGGACACUUAAGUUUGAUCUCCAAGAGUUUGAAUCGACUCUCCCUGACGAAAUAAAAUCUGAAAUUAAUAUAUCUAAAAAAGUACAAGACAAACUCGGUGAACAUGAAAAGGAUGUUCUUGAAAGAAUUCAUCCAAUCCCACAAACAAAUAAUCAUAAUUAUAACUAUCAUCUUUAUCCACCACCAUAUGAACUUGGUAUUACCAGUUUACGAAAUCUUCCAAUCUUAGAUCCAGCACCUAGUAACGAACUUCCAAUGUAUCCAUUAACUAAUCCAAGUCGAAAAAUUGAUAUAAUUAUUGGUUUUAAUUCUGCACGUCAAGUAAUUGAACAUGAAUUAUUUGAUGAACAACAAAAUGAAUUUUGUAAAAGACGAGGAUAUGAUAGAAUUGUUCGAGAUAUUUCUAAUAAGCAUUGUGAGAUUUAUGAUUAUAUUCCUAACGGUAAAGCAACUGCUCAUAAUCUACAAGCCACAAAUCCAACAGUAUUCUGUCAUAUGCCAUAUUUGAAAAACGAUAAGGUGGAUCCUACAUUUGAGCCACUUAAAGCAAGUUUUACAAAUACUAUAAAUUUUAUUUAUACAGCUGAACAAGUUGAUUUAAUGUUUAACGUAGCAAAACAAAAUUGGCUUGAUAAUGAACAUAAAAUUAAAGAAGUGAUCAUUAAAGAAUGGAAAAAGAAAAGAAUUGCUAGACAAUUAAAUCAAAAUUCUCAAAAUUAG